GCGCAUUGCAUCAUGGGAUCAGAUGUUCAUCGAGAAAGGCCAAAAUGGCGGCACUGGUAGAGGGGAGCCAAUAUGGUCUGUCUUCACAGGGGAAUUACUCGAAAAAUAAAACGCUUAUAUUUGUGAAACUCACAGAUUCGGCGCUGAGAUCCAUUGAGGAAUAUUUAAAGUACAAGGGCGGAUGCACGCAGAAGCCCUCGAUACAGUUUGAAGGGAACCAAGGGGUGAUAACGGUUCCUCGCCCGUCACAAGGGGGCCAGCAGCAGCGCUUUGGCUUUGGGGUGUCAACGCUAGAGAAGGAUGCACCGCAAGGCAGCUUUGAGUGUGUCCAGCAAAUGGGCCAGAGGGCCCUUGAGUCCCUCGGCUGUCUGUUGCACAAAAUGCAGAUCCAUGCCAGUGAAGACAGCUAUGAGAAGACGCGUGUCAAAAUGGCCGUUGUGGAGCAAGAGAGCAAGAAGAACUGCACCAAGGUAAUUAAAGUGACAUCUCCCUAUGUAGGACGCAAGGUGAAAGUGAAGCGGCCACAGCUCUCUGUGCCGCCUCGCCAAUCCUCGUCCUCACCUCCACGAAUAACGUUCGGGAAGCCCACUGGCCAAAACCACAACUCUGUGUCCACUAACGAGAGCCGUUCAGGAAUCGUUCGGCGGUCGUACAGGGAGAGGGUCAUCCAUCUGCUUGCCUUGCGGCCGUACAAGAAACCGGAGCUAUUAGCACGGCUUAUGAAAGAGGGCAUUAAGGAGCAGGACCGCAAGGGGCUCUCAGCAGUGCUAAGCCAAGUUGCAGUGCUCAAGGACAACUCGUACUGCUUAGCGAGGCAUGCUUGGAAUCAAGUGUGCGACGACUGGCCCUACUACACGCCCGAGGAGCAGGAGUUGGUCAAGAGAAUGCGGCCACACAACCUGACCCCUCCGAGUGAAAAUGGUCAUCACUCUCCUCCGGCUCACAACCCUACAUCACGCACGUCACCCAGUGUACAGAAACGGGAGCCGUGUCCAGAGCCCCCAUCGUCUGUUCCUGGCAGCAAGCGCCAGAGGAUCAGCCUCUGUACCAACGGUGCUGCGACUCGGCCGCCACACUCGAGAGUUCUUGCGGAGUCCACGUCGGGCAAUCAGCCAUGUCGCGUACAGCCGCCCAAUCCCGAGCCUGUCACAAACGUGCCCUUCACCUGCCAUUCCAGCCCUGGGUCAUCACCGGACUCCAGGGACUCUGGAGACUUGCAUGCCACUGGUGUUUCAUCAGCUACCCCAUCUCCACAAAAUUCCACAAACCAAGUUCCAGAGUAUGUCACGAAGUACACAGAGAUCACAAGUGAGGAGCAGCGAGGUCGAUACAAGGCCGACUUCAAUGCCGAAUAUGAGGAGUACAAAGCCCUCCAUUCCACAAUAGAAUCUGUAUCCAAGAGGUUCACUGAUCUGGAGGACUGCCUAUGCAAUGCCCCAGAAGGAACGGAACAGUGGAAUCAUGUGAAGCACCAAAUUGAGAAAGAAUACGAGGAGAACAAGCAUGACCUGCGGUAUCAGCAGGCUCGGCAAAAGUUUCAGUACCUGCACAACAAGCUCACACACAUCAAACGCCUGGUGAUGGACUAUGACUCGUGCUCCCACAACCUCGCCAAGUCCUAACACAACUACUCGCCACUACCUUAGACUUAGAGGCCUUCAUGUUGUUCAGUUUGGAGUUGGAGGAAGUCUGCUCGUUCCUGCUCCCCAAGCUCCCAGCUGUUGUUCCUCUUUGAAGACAAAUCCACUGUCACAGACACCAAGCCAUUCCCACAGCCGUCCUGCAUUUCAUCAUUUGCGGAGUGGCGCAGCCGUUUGUCCCCCUGCAUUUUGUUUCUCUUUCUUUAUUUAUUGAAAAACUUGGCCAGUGAAAUUUGCCAAUGGGCAUCCACUUUGGCAUACCGGUGUUUAUGCUUGCAUUCUGGGACCAUUUGCUUUUGCAGAGGAGUUGAGUGCACAGCAAGCUGACAGCUUCUGGUUGUGUCCUCAUGGUGCUUAGUUACGCUCUUUCUCUCCAAAGCUGUGAUCAGCUGGAUGUGAUAACAUCGGCAGAGGUAUUUAGGUGCCAGUAAAGCUGGCAAAUGCAUGUAGCGGUUUCUAUGCGGCCUUUAUUAUGACCUGAAGGCCUCCAAAAAAAAAAAAGUUUUUUUGGGGGGGAAGGGGUUCGAUUUGCAACCUCUAAGCAGACUGUUUGUCGUGCAUUGUAGUUUUUGUGUACAGCCAAGCAUUCUAACACUGGA